AUGGAACCGUGGUAUUCAGGUGCUGUUGUUGAUGCUGUACGUGAAGCUAAAUCUCGUCGAGCUCUUUUUCUUGUCUACGUUCGUGAUGAUUCCGAACAAUCACAAUUUAUGGAUAAAAUUUGGGUAGAUGUGUGGACAAAAUUAACUGAUACCUCGAAAAUGAUUGCUUUACGUCUUGAUAAAGAUACGGAAUCAUGUAGUCAAUUUAUUGCUAUUUAUAAAGUGCAAAUAUAUCCAACAAUAUAUUUAAUUAAUGGUCAAAAUGGACAAGUAUUGAAAAUAGUUGAUCAACCGGUUGAAAAUUCUACUAAAUUACAAGAAAUAAUUGAUGAUUCUUUAAAUGCUAUCGAAUCAAAACAACCAGCAACUGUUGAAUCAACAAAAACAAUCGAUGAAAAAGUAGCUGAAGCUCGUGCACGUCUCAAAGAACUUCAUGAUAAACGUGAGGAAGAAGCAAAAGAAAAAGACAAAGAAGAAGAAAUGAAUCGUCGUCGUCUUGGACAACAGAUGCUAGUAGAUAAACAAAAGAAAGAUGAGGAAUUAUUUCGUAAACAAGCUGAAGAAAUUCGUCGUGAUCGAUUAGAACAACAAAAAUUACAGGAAAAACUUAAAGCUCAAAUUCAACAAGAUCGAGAUGAAAAACGACAAAAAAACGAACAACAACAUUCUCCUCCAGCUGAACAACCAAAACCAAAAGCUACAACUGCUCCUAUUGAAACACCAAAAACCAAUUAUACUCGUUCACGUUUACAAUUUCGAUUGACUGAUGGUUCAUUUUUUACUGAAGAUUUCUCAUGUGAUGCUCAUAUGAAUGAUGUUUAUACAUAUUUGAAUGAAACAUUACCAAGAGAUCAAUAUAAAAUUGGUUCAUAUACACUUCGAACAAUACAUACACGUGUUACAUUAACAAGAGAUGAUCCGAAAACAUUAAAAGAACUUGAACUUGUUCCAACAGCAGUUUUACUUGUUCUUAAUCGUGGAAAUGUUAAUAAUUCAUCAACAGCUAUUAGUACAAAUAAUAUAUUUCAAUCAAUUCCAUUAGUCUUUGCAUGGUUUAUGAUGCAAUUUAAUUUUAUUUAUCAAUUUAUUUUUGCAAAAUUAUUUGGAAAUCGUACUCCAACAGAACAGACAAGACCAACAACAACAACAUCAACCACAUCAAGAGCAUCAAAUACGAAUGAACGAAAAACAACAAAACAGGAAAAUUUUAAAACGGAUUCAACAGAAAAAUCAACUAUUCGACGUUUUCAUAAUACACAAGAUGAUAGUGAUGAUGAAGAAAAAAGUACAUGGAAUGGAAAUUCUACACAACAAUUGUGA